UGUUGUCAUGAUCCAGUUGCCAGUUGAGAGAAUCGUGGUUCAGCUAGAAGUAGAAGCCAUUUUUAAUGAAAAUCAAUUUAUACCCGACUUGUCCCUUGUAAUUUUACUAAUUGAGUUACUAUUACUAUUUAUCUUUGGCCUACUUCUUUUGUCCUUCUCCAUGCAUGUCAUGAUUGGGUCCAGCUUGAAUCAAUUUAAUUCUGAUGACCUUAAUUUAUGGCUUAUUUACUUUGUCUAUUCAUGUAGUAGAGACCUGAACCACUACACCAUUGCAGCUCCAUAUGACUAUCAUCAUUAAUGACAAUGUCAUGAACUUUGUAUUUCAGGUCACACUGUCCAAAGUUGAGUACGUACACUUGGCAAUAACAAAAUCAAUCUGAGAGUACUCUGUAGUGGUAGAAGAAAUAUAAAGUCAUGACAGUGUUUCCAUUUUAGCUGGACAGGGAAGAGAGGAAGAACAAGUUGUGACAGGAAAUAACUUCCUCUUUCCUAACCUCCUGUUCCCGGUAUAAUUUCAGGCUGAGGUUAUUGUUGUAACAUAACAACAACAAGAAACAUGGCUCCGUGGGAUUUUUCCGCCACAUUUAUACCCGUGGCUGCUGCGAGUUUUGUCUUCUUUGUAUCCCUGUCAAAAGUGAUUUCCCCGUAUGUGUCGUCAGUUCUGUCGUCGACAUAUAGAAACCUGUCCCCUGCUGGAAAGGUGGACUGGAAUAGCAGGGUUUCAUCUUCCGUCCAUGCUGCCAUGGUAAGCAGCCUAUGUGUAUAUAUUCUGAUGUUCGAUUAUCCAAUAUUCCAAGACAAAAUAUGGGGCGAUUCACCGUAUGUGAAAGCUAACUGUGCCAUUGUAAUCGGUUACAUGACUGCAGAUUUUGUCUUAAUUCUGAUAUACUACAAAUACAUUGGAGAAGUAUUCUACAUAUUUCAUCAUCUGGCCACAAUAAUCCCAUAUCUAAUGGUGAUGGUUUAUGGUGUCUUCAACUAUUUUGCCAACUUCCGAUUGAUAGCUGAAUUUUCAACUCCAUUCAUAAAUAAUCGAUGGUUUUUCGAUGCAUUGGGAUAUCCCCGAACAUCCAUCCAAUAUGUCUCCAAUGGAUUAGCCAUGUCCACUGUCUUCUUCCUAGCUCGGAUUCUCAGCAUGCCCUUCUUCUAUUAUCGUAUAUACGAGGUUUAUGGGACGGAACGCUAUGUGGCCAUUGGUUGGAUGCAUGGUUUCCUUAUCUAUCCAUGUAUCAUAUUAGAUAUUAUCAAUACAUUUUGGUUCUAUAAGUUAGCUUUAGGUUGUAAAAAGGUUCUAAAAUGCUUGUUUAAUAAAGAGAGUACAAAAAAUGUGCCUAAGAAAGACUUUUAGGUAAAGCUGUGUACAGAUGUAUUCACUGCACAGUACAGGUAAUCCAUGAUGUAAAGAAUUUGUAAUCGAGCCUUACCAGCAUCUAUUUUUGAUGAUAUCAGGAAUUAUGUGUUAAAGAUCUCAGCAUGUUCUGAAGCAAUGUAAUUUGAUGGAACCUCAUUAUAAUGAACACUUUUACAAUAAAUGGAUCUAGUGAAAAUCAUUGAAGAUUGCCCUGAAUAAAGUGAACCUUGGAUACAGUGAAACUUUGACCGAGUGGCAAAUAAUGUAAUGAAAUCCCACCGAACCAGACAAUUUUUGUCUUCCAAAUUUUUAUGUCCUAGCUGCAAAAUUAUUUUAAAGAGUUGAACCGCUCCGCAAAAAAGUGAUUUUUGUCGUAGCUUUCAAUAGCUAAAUCACAAUCCGUCGUGUUCUUAUGGCUAUGUCACAAGUUGCAGCAACAGAAAUCACUCCUUUGCGGAGGUUUGCUAUGUAGAUGCAGAUGUUUGCUCUGUAUGUUGAUUAAUGCUGAUGUUAAAAAGGUUUUAUUUGCUAAGGAGUUUCCUAAUCUAAAUUGUUGAAUGACUUGAUGUUUGUUUAUGUUAUCCAAUUUAACAAUUGGACUUCAUUUCUGUGAUUUUAUCAUUACAUCGAUUUGUGGACCAAGAUGAAAAUACAUACUUUGUGAUCUUUUUACCACCGAUUUCUGCAUAGCCAGAGAGAUUUAGCGGCAGCCUAUUCUCUUUGGUUUGUCGCUUGGGGUUUGGAAAAUAUUAAUUCUCGGAUCAUUGGUGACCAAUCCCUGAUGUACAUGAGCAUUCCAAUUCCAGAUUAAUUUGUGAUUUUUCGUCGUUUUUAUUAUGUAUUGCCCAUGUUUGUCUGUUGGAUGGAAGACUUUCUCAUGCAUGAUUUAAAUUUUUUCUUCAAAAUAUUUAGAAGAAAAAAUAAUACCUCGAACUACCGCACAUUUAGGUUACCAAAUCAAGUAUAAGGAAAAAGUACAACGAAAUUGUUAGUGUUUAUGUUAAAACAUAUUUUGUAUGAGAGAUGUAUACUUUUACUAUAUUCUAUUUAAGUUACUCUAGUUGGUCAAAUAUUUUCAUGAUGUAGAUUAAUAUUUUGAUGCUGAAAUCUUUAUAUUGAGAAUACUCUUGCUAUUAUGUAAUGUUGUAUUGGUAGUGAGGCAGGCGGAAUCCUCAACGAAGUGAGAGGUGAAACAGUGGUGAUGUAUGCGCUAGCAAAGAGGGUGUCUCCCCUGUUGUCCAUCUUUCAUUUCAAAUAUGAAUAAAACUUACUGAAAAGAAGAAAAAACCUAAAGACAAUGUAGCAAAAAUAUCCCUUUGGAAAAUAUUUCUAUUUCAGAUUUGUCAAGGUGACUUUAUUUGAGAAACCACAGUAAAUUUGAGUUAUAUAAAACUGGUACCAUCCAAAAGCUACCAGAUUAUAAGACCCCAGUUAUGGGAACUGACCAUAAACAACCCUAGUCUAUUUCAGUUGUAUAAAACUGGUAUUAAUCAUUAGCAACCAGAGUGUAUUUCAGUUAUAAUUAGUGCUGACCAUACUCGGCACUUUACAUAAUUUCCAGUUGUGAAGCGCUGAUCAUAAUCAGUCACAGUAUUCCAGCUACUAUGGUGCUGACCAUAAGUCAUUUACCUUGAAUAUAUCUCUGUUAUAAUGUGGACUUUUUGCCACCUGCUGCAGGGCUUUUAGAUAUAUGGUGUCGGGACAAUCAUAUUGCUUUAAAGGGAGUCUACAGGUAUGAGCCAGGUGGAGGUCAGAUUAAGUUGUACAAAGGCACCAAUAGGGGACUCUGCUGUCUCACAAUAUUCGAAAACUAGUCAUGCGUGUACCAGGAAUUUAUUAUCUGCUGAAAAAAACACGACCCAGUUGCCAAACCUUGCAUAUUAGUCACCUGAAGAACACCAAUUUGACCACCCUGGCUCCUGCCUUUGGUGCUCAUCUAAGUUUCCUUGAGAAUACAUGUAUGUGACAAAAUCUUGUUGAUAUGAAAAAAUGUUGAACCAUGUUGGAAUAUAAGACGCUUAUAUAUCCAUCCAAAUAGUGAAAUUAUUUUAAUGGUUUUAAAUUGAUUUUGUGGAGGUUUUUAAGAUUUGUAGUUAAAUAAAAAAAAUAUCAAUCAAAGUUGUUUGAAUACUUGUCAGUUAUCAAUUAUUUGAUUCCAGAAACAUACAAUAAAAAUAUAUUCUUUGAAAAAAGUUCUGUUUCUUUAGUAUUGAACCACUAAAAAGUUGCAAUGAUUCAAAAACCCAAUCGUAUUUGUAAAUCAGUAUACAAAUACCAUGCUCUGAUUGAUGGAUAUUAUCCAAAUCACGCCUGACCUAGUUAAGUUUCAUGAUGUUGACCCCAAUUUUUUGCCAAAUUUGCAUAGACCUUGUUUAGAAUUUGUUAUAAUGAAGUCGAUUACGACAUUUAUGUGAUACGUGACAAAGCUAAAUUUGGAUUAGCAGGCAAAUAGCUGAUAGUUUGAGUGUUCUCUUUGAGAGUGCACUUGGCAUGUUUUAUUUGCCAAAGCUGUUGCUUGCGAGUUACUCACACCAUCUGCGAAAGACGAUUGUCAAUCAUUUGCAUCUGGCAGAGAAAAUAAUCAAUUGAAUUUGUUACAAUGUUUUUGUAUCAGGGCUUAUCAAUAAAGUUUUAGAAUA